CCUCGACUACCUGCAAGUCUAGCCGCGCAUCCUGGCAGCUUCCAUCUCCUCCAGGGCACUGCAGAGCCUCGAGCUAUGUGUACUUUCGUCCUCGCAGCACGCCAUGGACGAGAUGCGGCUCUCUCUAGCCUCGCGACCAGGCAUGGCGAAGAAGAUCUCUGACGGCUUUCGCGAGCGCGAAUUCUACAGAUACUACCAACCAUCUGAUCCCACGGGUGCUGACCGCCGCCGACCGCCGUCGCUUCCAUUCACUAAGCCUGAUGCACCUGAUGCCCCGAAGACAGCUUGUACUACCUCUAGUAGUCCUGUUCCCUCAGAUGACAAAGCUCUUACGGCUUUCGCUCAGCUUGGCGCGGUUCGACUAGACGCACGUCGAUGUAUGCUAUCGUUCUUCGACCGGAAGAAUUGCUACAUCAUGGCGGAAGCAACGCGAACUCUGUCACUGCAGACCGGCACAGCCCUAGACCCGCAAGAUAACCGCGCUCUAUAUUGCUGGAUGCGACUGCCGCUGCUGUGAAGGGAUCACCACCCAGUACAUCGACACUCAUUUCAAGCACUAUGCCAAGGCCUGGCUCGUGACCUGUGGCAAGGACCCCGUUUCCAAGCACCUCUUGUAUAUUCACAUUGGAGUCUCUGCGAGUUCAUUUCGGCACACUCUUAAGCAG